CAGCACGUAUUCUUUACCACACAAAGCGCCCACCGUUGUCCAGCCUACCAUCCAGCAGUAACAAGUGACAUCUCAACCACCCUCUUUCUCUCUCCCCCAUCACUCCCCGACCCGAGAUUGUUACUUCAGUCGCUGCGGCAAGAACUUUCAACCAUGGAGGCCACACACAACACUCUGCAGAUCAUCCAGAACUACGUAAAAACCCCAUCAAUACAGGUCGAACCACCAAAGACCAUCAAGAUGGAGGACAUCACGGCAACGCCCUCGACCUCGUCGUCAUCAUUACUCGACCUUCCGCCAGCAGACUCGGUACCCAAGCCCGCCGAAUCGAAGCCAGUUAAAAAGCGAAAGUCGUGGGGGCAGGUACUACCAGAACCCAAGACUUCGCUGCCUCCUCGGAAGCGCGCCAAGACUGCCGACGAGAAAGAGCAACGCAGAAUUGAGAGAGUAAAGCGUAACCGGCUUGCUGCUCACAAUUCGCGAGAGCGCAAGCGACAAGAAGUCGAAGCUCUUUCGGAGCGCAACGCACUUCUUGAGCGACAUUUGAAGCUUAUGCAACAACAACUCGACACAUACCGCGCAAUGUACCCAGACGCGAAUAUCCCACCACUCCCUAAGAUCGACUUGGAGCGCCCAGCAUCUCUCGCGCCCUCGCUCCCGAACAACAAAUCAACUCCUGCCCCUACAACACAGUUUAUUCAUGAAGUCAGCACACCAGCUCCGUUGUCUAGUCCUGACUCUCUCCUCUCCAACAUUGACUCGCCCGUGGACACGGCACCGUCAACGCCGAGAGCAAAUGUGAAGGAAGAAUUCGACCGGACACAACAAUCUGCAGCAUUGUUGUGCAAGACCUGCAGUGUCAGUCGGUUUAUUCCCUCUCAAUCUCGGCGGCAACGACUCCAACGGCAAGCCCACCACAAGCGGCGGAUUCUUCGACCACUCUUCUGUACAACUUCAGGACCUCCACGACGACGGCAGUCCAUUUUUCGACUUCGCUCUCUUCCCGGACGAUGCGGGCUCUUUCUUCAAUGAAAGCUUCGGCGAUAGCAAUGGCGAGACCGUAGCUCGCGACGCUUACAUCUCUACUGAUGCCAAUGACGCUCUUGAGCCGCUUGACGGUAGUCUCUUCGAUCUGCAGCCUAGCGCUGGCGCGCUCCCAAGGAGCUGCGACGCAACGGGUAUUGCGACGGAAUAAGACUAAUUGGUCUAAGCUGCACAAGGUGCUCUAGAUGUUUCUGUGAGAUUGGCCGUCGUGUAGGGCGUGAUCGUCAAAGCUAUAACGCCGAGUUUUCAGCAAGCAAGAGUUUCGCACAUGUCUAGAGCCACUUCGAAACUGAACGGUUCGCGUGUAUGGUUCAGGACUAUGUAGAAGGUCAUCCCAUCUACAAUGAAUUGUAACAACACUUGAAAAUUUUGAACGAAGGACACUAGCUCGGAUGCUAUUAGGGCAAUCGACUACUACGACACAUCGAACGGCGUAUGGGCGGGCAAAACAGGACUAAAUCAACAAAUGAUGUUCCUGAUGGGCGCUUGGGCGGUGAAUUUGGGGGUCUUUACUCAGACCUAUUAGGAUUUGAGAUCCUAAACAAUUUUGGGUAGCAUGUGUAUUGAAAUUCUAAUACAUACCAUGAUAACCACUGUCAUCGUGUUCUCUAGUUGAUUUGAACAAAUCACUUUCCUGGUUAGUUCCCUGUGGUAAAUAUUGUCGCAAAGCUUUGUCUUUCCCUGAUAUGGUGUUAUUUUUAAGAAUGUGGGACGAGACUAUCAGGAUGAAAUAUUAGGCUUGCUGUAUACCACAGUUCUUAAGAUGUAUGCUCAGUUCUUCACUCAAGUGAUUACACGUAC